AGUUGUGCAUUAAUACAUUCAUACGUACAUUGAUACAUAUCGUCUACCUUUUUAAGUGUUUCAAUAUCUAUAUAUACACACAAAUUCGAAUAAAGAAUUCCAAGAUAACUCAACUCCACUUACAGCCAUGUCACUUAUUUGUUUGAACAACAAAAGUAUUAUUAGUAAGCUCAAUCCUAGCUUUCCCGUUAUAAACAGCCUCAAAUGGAGGACCCAAACUUCUUGGUCAAGUUCCAAUACCAUCACUCUCAUUUCACCUUCAACCAAGCUCUUUCGAACAUCAUGUACCGCGAUUCACAAAACAAAUGACUAUGUUACUAGAGAUGUAGGAACAACAACACAAGGGGAGACAAUGUCAGAGUUGGAGGCGGCGUUACCUAAGGGAUGGUUUUGGUUCAGGAAAUGGCAUUCGGAAGACAUGGCUAACGUUUUCUGGUACGCUGUGAUUCACGUGUUGGCUGUUUGUGCACCUUUUAUGUUCACCUGGGGGGCGUUCUGGGUGGCUACGGGCUUGAGUUUCUUGACCGGGUUUGGGGUCACCCUUGGUUACCAUAGACUACUUUGCCACAGAAGUUUCAAGGUCCCAAAAUGGCUCGAGUAUUUCUUUGUCUAUUGCGGUGCUCAUGCCUUCCAGAAAGAUCCACUAUUCUAUGUGAAUACACACAAGAAUCACCACAAGUACGCUGAUACAGAUAGGGAUCCUGUUGCGCCAACCCACGGUUUUUGGUACUGUAAUAUGGGCUGGUUCUGUAACAACCAUCACAUUGCUGCAAAGUGUGGAGAAUCAAAAGGUGGAGAAUACUCUAAGGUACCGGAGCUAAAGGCACAGUGGUUGUAUAGGUUUCUUCAUGACACAUAUUAUUGGCAUCCAACUGCACUUGCAGCAUUAUUAUAUCUCCAUGGAGGCCUUUCAUACUUGGCUUGGGGAAUGGGAAUGAGAGGUGUGGUAGUUCAUCAUUUUGCCUCUCUUGCAACGUUUGUUAGCCAUAUAUGGGGCGAUAGACCAUGGAACACCCCAGAUACUUCCACCAAUAAUUGGUGGGUCGCCAUGUUAACAUUGGGAGAGGGUUGGCAUAACAAUCACCAUGCUUUUCCAAGAUCCGCUCGACAUGGAUUCGAGUGGUGGCAAUUUGACUUGACAUGGGAAUUGAUCAAGUUUCUCAAGUUGGUUGGACUGGCUAGAGAUGUCAAGUUACCAACAGAGGCUGAAAAAAGGAGAAUGUCAGUAAAAUUAAAAAUAAAAGGGAAAGUAGAGUAGAACAUAAACAUUAUGUGACAGAGGUAUAGAUAGUCAAUAAGUUUGAAGUUGUCCUAGCUAGCUACAUGGGUGAACAAACUUCAUAUGGUUUAUAACCAUGUAUUGUUUUACACCAAUGCAACAUACACAUAGGGGGUUGCGAUUUAGUUUGAUUUUUUUUUUUAACGGCCAACACAAUCAAUCCCGAACACUUUCGGGGCAUCCACUCAGGGCCGGCCAACCCAUGCCAGUGCUCGAGGCCCAAAUUUUUAAAGAAAGCUCGAAAUGUUUUUAUAAGCUUUUAUAUGUGUAGUAAAUUAUAUAUUUAA